GCAAAGCAGCCCGGAGAGAAAGGCUGCAGAGGAUCCCAAGAAGAAGAAGAAGCAAAGGCAAAGUAGCCAGGAGAGAAAGACUGCAGAGGAUCCCAAGAAGAAGAAGGAUGCAAAGGCGAAAAAGUCCGGAGAGAAGGCUAUAGAGGAUCCCAAGAAGAUCAAGAAGCAAAGGCAAAGUAGUCCGGAGAGAAAGGCUGCAGAGGAUCCCAAGAAGAAGAAGCAAAGGCAAAGUAGUCCGGAGAGAAAGGUUGCAGAGGAUCCCAAGAAGAAGAAGAAGAAGCAAAG